UUCACUUCAUGUCACCAGCUCAAAGACAGAGACAAGGAAACAUGUUGUGUCCGAGGGGUUUCACCGUUUUCUUCUCCUUCAUGGUCCUCCUCAAUGUCCAGUCAAGCCAUGGCGCUGAGAUUAUUGAUGGGAACGAGGUGCGGCCCCACUCGAUGCCUUACAUGGCUCUGCUGCAGAGCAACACACCGAUCUGUGGAGGGAUACUGAUCAAUCCAUCGUGGGUCCUGACUGCUGCCCACUGUAAAAACAUCAAGACGGUGUUGCUGGGGGUGCACUCCAUCAAAGCAAAUGAAAAGAAAUCCAGGCAGGUCCGAAAGGUUAAGAAGUCAGUUCCUCAUCCCUCCUACGAUGCAAAAGAUUUGGUCAAUGACCUCAUGUUGCUCAAGCUUGACAAAUCGGUGAGGAAAACCAAGACAGUGGAACCUUUCAAGCUGGGUAACACUGUCAAGGAUCCAGCAGCUGGCAGCAGCUGUCUGGUGGCUGGAUGGGGGAAAACGAACAACGUUGUCAAUAAAAUGUCAGACGUCCUCAUGUCUGUCAAUGUGACUGUGAUCGACAGAGUGAAGUGCAACUCUCCCGACUACUACAACCGCAAACCUGUCAUCACCAGUGGCAUGAUAUGUGCUGGUUCUGAUGGCAAAAACCAUGCCGACAGCUGUCAGGGGGAUUCAGGAGGCCCACUGUUGUGCGGUCAAGGUCUAGUUGGAGUCACUUCUUUCGGAAGGAAGUGUGGCCAGACUAAAAAGCCCGGGGUGUACACUUUCCUCUCAGAAAAACAUCUCAACUGGAUCAAAAAGACAAUGAAGAAGAAAUGAAAUAUAAUCAGCCCCCACUGUUAAUGAAUUUGUAUUUGCAAAUUUACCACUUCUAUCUUCGGACUUCUUUUGUGCUCGAUUCACUUUAUCCUAUAUUCAUGUGAUAAUUAUAGGCUCUUCAUAGAUAUCUGCGUCUGCUGCAAUAAAACAAGACAUAACAUUUUUAAAAAAAUUAUUGUUAUUGAGACCAAUAAGCCAUCUUUAGCAUAAACGCAAAACACCACAGCGGCAUUAUUCAACCUGUCAACCAGACAGAUUCACCACUUCCUGCAUCAAAGGCAUAAACUGAUACUGAGGCUUCAGCUCAAGUCUCUUGGUUUUGUCUUAAAGGUCACUUCUCAGGCUGAAUUAUUUCCUCACCACUGAUCGAUGUUCUUACUGCCUGAAAACCACACACAAUGACAUUUUCCCCUGUCAUAAAGGCAGAGUCAGAAAUAUAAAAGGCAUCUUAUCUUUUGUUCUUUCUUUUUUCAUAUUGUAGAACUAUAUCUCUUUCAAAAUACCUUCUCAUUUCUGUAGCUCACACCUCACAUCUCUUUGUGUUUGUGUUUCAGUUCUCUGGUUUCAUGUUGUGCAAGAUCAGUGAUCAAAAUAAAAACAGAAUAUUUUC